UCCGACACAAUGGACUCACUUGCCUACUGACCACCUUUGGGUUUUAUGUUCAACAGUUUUUAUUACUGAUCUCACAAAAAGCUUGGAAUAAUGUUUUUCCAUUUUAUUCUUCUGGCUGUGUCCUUGAUGAGUUUUAUGCGUGACUUCCUUGUAUCCACUUGUGAUCCAAACUGUGCAGAUAAACCUGAGUUCACUCCAUCCAGACUGGUAGUGAAAUAUGGUGACCCAAUCCUCGCCACCUGCUCUGUGUGUCAGCAGGCUUGCAUAGGCAAAACAUUUGACGUGGAAAGCCCUGUGGGAUGGAAGUUGGUCAAAAAUGAAACCGUGGUUUCAUGGACUGUUGACAGCCUGACUGAAUGGCGCCUAUCUCCCACGUGCUUUUAUCGCAAUGCUACUAAUUAUCAGUGUUGUACCAAACUGCCUAUCACUGUCUACGAGCCUCCUAAUAAUGUGUCCAUCAGCUUUGUUAAUCACAGUCGGCCGAUGGUUGAGGGUCAUCGGUACACUCUGCAGUGUAAAGUCGAGGAUGUCGCUCCUGUUGAAAACCUCACUGUGACCUUCUACAAAGGACAGACAACACUGGGUAGCCUUAAGCCCAAAGAGAACGAAGAGUACAAACCAGUGACUGAGGACUUCCUUUUCGACAUCACGCCCAGUAAGGAAGAUGAUGGAGUGCAGUACUGGUGUGAAGCAAAGCUGGAACUGGGACGUGAAGGACCACAGCCCCCUCCAGUGGUGAUGUCACAAAAAAUCCCUGCCACUGUGUACUAUAAGCCUCAGAUAAAAGAGCCACCCCAUCCAGUUACAAUCACCGUCACAGAGGGAGAACCUCUACAACUGAACUGCUCAGCUGUAGGAAACCCCAGCCCCUCGUACAACUGGACGCUCCCAUCACGAAGCUCUUCAACCUCCAACAGCAGCGUUCUCUUUGUCAGCUCUGCCGCUUCUGCGGAUGAAGGAUCGUACACCUGUUCUGUCAGCAACAACAUGGGGACUGACACUGUGGUGUUUAUUGUGCGUGUACAAGUAUUAACCUCAACCCAACUGCUGCCAACACCCACUCCCAGCAAAACGACCACAACUACAAUCACAACUACAACCACAACAACGGCCAAGACAGCAACCACCCCAAACAGUGCCGCCACCAGCAGCAGCACGCUGCUUCACGGGUUCAUGAUGUCUCUCAUGCUUUUAUUCUCUACUUUGCUCACGGUCACAGAGCAUCAGUCAUCCUCUAUUAACAUAGUAACGGAAUUUACCAAAACUGCCUCAGAAAUCCUUCCCGAAACUUUCGAUUUCGGUAUCAGUCUGAUGAAGUCACUGGAAACCGUCAGCAGCCCACGUGAAACGGGCUGUCUCUGCCACCGCUCUCACUCUCUCCCAGGGAAAACAGGAGGGUGGACACGGGCUUAUCUGCGCUGUACUUUUAAUUUCGGUCGUAUUUUCUCUGCCCAUCUUUCGACUCAACCGUUUUUAUUACCGGAAAACUCGGUUUGCUGUCAAGACCCACCGGAGACCAUGUCUAUCUCUUACAUAGUGUUGGUUGUGUCUUUGAUGAACUUUCUGCGGGACUUCCAUGUGUCCGGUUGUGAUCCAAACUGUGCAGAUAAACCUGAGUUCACUCCAUCCAGACUGGUAGUGAAAUAUCGUGACCCAAUCCUCGCCACCUGCUCUGUGAGUCAGCAGGCUUCCAUAGGCAGCAAAUUUGACGUGGAAAGCCCUGUGGGAAAGUUGGUCAGAAAUGGAACCACAAUUUCAUGGACUGUUGACAGCCUGACUGAAUGGCGCCUAUUACCCACGUGCUUUUAUAGCAAUGCUACUAAUUAUCAGUGUUGUACCAAACUGCCUAUCACUGUCUACCAGCCUCCUAAUAAUGUGUCCAUCAGCUUUGUUAAUCACAGUGGGCCGAUGGUUGAGGGUCAUCGGUACACUCUGCAGUGUAAAGUCGAGGAUGUCGCUCCUGUUGAAAACCUCAUUGUGACCCUCUACAAAGGACAGACAACACUGGGUAGCCUUAAGCCCAAAGACAACGAAGAGUACAAACCAGUGACUGAGGACUUCCUUUUCAACAUAACGUCCAGUAAGGAAGAUGAUGGAGUGCAGUACUGGUGUGAAGCAAAGCUGGAACUGGGACCUGAGGGACCACAGUCCCCUCCAGUGGUGAUGUCAAAAAAAAUCCCUGCCACUGUGUACUAUUCACCUCAGAUACAAUCAGCACAACAAAGUACGAUAUUUGUCACAGAAGGAAACCCUCUACAACUGAACUGCUCAGCUGUAGGAAACCCCAGCCCGUCCUACACCUGGGAACUCCCAUCAGAUCACCCUUCCCCCUUCAAUGGCAGCAUUCUCACUAUCAACUCCGUAACUUUUGGGGAUGAAGGGACGUACACCUGCUCUGUCCAUAACAACAGAGGGAAUGAUAUACGGAAGUUUGUCGUAGAUGUCCAAGUUGACAUUGGAAAAAUUCUAAUGCUGACAUUUGCAGUUGCUGUUUCUGUUCUGUUCAUCUUGGGUCUACUUGGAUACUUCUAUUUUUACAAGCCUAGUCGAAUGGGACAGUACAACCUGAAGGAUGUUUUCCGUCUGCACACACGACACUCCACGGUGCCCACUGCAGAGUAAGUCUGCCGGAGGACAUACAAUGUGUACGGACCCCUGUUACAUCUCUCUGCCUCAUUUCCUGUUGUCUCCCUGCUGACACUAAAAUUACAUAAAACACCACAAAUUAUACUUUUUUUUUUUUUUUAAAAAAGGGAGUUAAAGUCACGUUUUAAUUUGUGUGUGUUUAAUACUGAAAGGAGCAAGUCACUUUCGCUCUUUCACCUAACUGCUCUGGUAGAAACUUCAUUUACAGUAAAUUGCUGUUAAAUACUGGUUUUGUACAAAAACUAAGAUCAUGUCAUAAUAGCUUACAGAAACUAUUUUAGUUGCAUUUUUUGUAUUUGAUAUAAACAUUAUUUGACUUACACAGUGCUGCACUAUAUCAGGAUACAUGUGUACAGCUCUUGAAAGUUUUUUCAUAGUUUGUAGUAUUGGUAAAGGGUGUAAGCCACCCUGUGGACUACUUUAGUUUUGUAAUUGUGCUUUUCUGUUACAUUUCAUGCAACAAAUUUGUAACUUACCAGAUAUACACAAAGAAUAAUUGCCAUGCAAAUUCAUUUUGUUGCUAUUGUUGUCAGUUCAGUGUCUCACUGUGCUCUGCUUGCAUUUCUUAAACUUUUACUGAAUUGUUUUUUUAAAUCAUCUUGACAAAGGACUGCAAUUGAAAACUGGCUGCCUUGUAAACUCUGGCACAUUUACAGAAAUGUUAAUUAACGUGUGCAGUCCUAAAAUACACAAAUAUUCAAAUAUAAAA